AUGACUGGUUUGAAAUAUGAUCCUGAAUACCUCAAAGCUCUGGGACCCGUCACGAAGGAACCCAAGCCCGAGCCAUCCAGAUCAGUUUUUGAGAUCAGGAGGAAUACUGAAGAUGUCAUCCGGCGAAUCGUCACGAACUCUCCAUACCCCGAUGGCGUGCUGGAGACUGUGUAUAAAGUCAAAAGUUACGAUGGAGUCGAGAUUGAAGUCACCCGCUUCGCCUCUGAGGAGACUUUAGCUUCAGAGAAGCCCACGCCCGCUGUGAUGUACUUUCACGGCGGUGGUUAUGUCUCUUGUUACGUGGAGCUGUUUGCACCUCAAAUCGCCCGUUUCGCGAACGAUUCAAAGCUUCCAUACUUCGCGGUGUCUUACCGGCGAGCGCCAGAACAUCCUGCUCCUGCUGGUGUUGAAGACGGGUAUGCUGCUCUUCAGUUUGUAUCGAAGUCUGCGGUAGGACUUAACGUCGACCCUACAAAGAUCGCUCUGCACGGUGACAGCGCUGGUGGAGGACUCGCCGCGGGUCUCGCUUUGAUGGCCAGGGAUCGACAGCUUGAUCCUCAAAUUGCGAAGCAACUGCUCGUCUACCCAAUGCUUGAUGACCGAGAUCAUGUCGAGACAGACGAUCCGAUUCUUGACCUCAUGGUCUGGAAGCCUGAUGGAGCGAAACUUGCAUGGGAUGUGUACGCCUCUGAGGUUCGAGAGAAGAUUGAUCCACAAGCUCUAUCUUACGCGAUUCCAGCUCGGGCUGCAACGUUGCGAGGCCUGCCUUCCACUUAUAUCGACGUGGGAUGUCUCGAUCUGUUCAGGGAUGAGAAUCUGGAGUAUGCUAAGAGGUUGGCUAACGAGCAUGUUGAAGUCGAGUUUCAUCUUUGGCCAGGGCUGCCACACGGAUUCGACGGGAUGAGGGAUAUCAGUUGGUUUGCGAGGUGUCAGGAGAGUCGUAUAAGUGCACUGAGAAGGAUGUGA